AUGACAGGAUUGUGAGAAGCAAACAGGCAGUCUACAGCACCUUCAACAAUCAAAUCCGUCUUCAAUCUCUGCCUGGAAAUUGGGGUUUUCUUCUUCCCCUCCCAAGUAUCUAAGGUAUCUUGGAAAGUGCAAACCAAGGAGCUGCAGCUUGCCGAGCGCCUUCCCUCCACAAACAGACAAAUAAAUCCUUUUUCCCCUUUCAAGCCCUACCGUUGUUUCCUUCCUCCAACCAAAAACUUUUUCUCCGCGCCGAGAGAGAUAAAAAGCGACUCCGACAAGUUUGACGGGAAAGCUAGAUAUCUCUGCCAAUAUCAAGCCCAACAUGGAACCUUCCAAUGCCAGCCAUGGAUGGGACGGUAAGAUGGCCAGCUGUGAUGAUAGCGAGGAUGAUGACUACCGGCCGGCACGGACAGCAUUCCACGAGGACCCGGCCGUCUGCACGUACAUGCUCGGGACGGUGACUGCGACAGUGCCACUCAAGAUUGCCGCCUCCCAGAUUGCGAGUCCAGGCUCGGGCCUCUUUGUCACCAAAGAUAUCAUGGAUGGCGAGGAAAUCUUCCGGUCUCAGAUCCCUUUCGUAUGCGUGGAGCCUUACCAGACUACCGUCUGCCACUACUGCCUUGAAGACACGGGCAGCCGGAUUCACCAUGAAGAGGGUCGAUUUUGCGCGGGCGAUGAUGUUACAGCCGCGACCAAGCGUUGUUCGGGUUGCAGGGUGGCAAGAUUCUGUUCCACGGCUUGCCAUAAGAGAGCGUGGAAAGCGUUUCACAAAGACGAGUGUAAGAUACUGAAAGAUGCACCUCCGAUUCCCGCCCAUCACCUCAUCGCCUACCGCAUCCUGUUUUGGCAGAACCGAGACCUCGUGACAAGCGGCAUGGGCAAGGCCUUGAAUCUGUUGGAGAACCAUUUCGUGGAUUACUUGGCCGACUCGGAUGAGGCAACCCACAUCUACGAGGUUGCCAUGGCAAUCCGCCAGAUGACCCAGACCAAACUGGCUUUGCGAGCUGUGUGGCGUCUGGUGCCAGCGAUCAUGACCAACGCCAUUGGAAUCCGCUCGGCGGGGCGCAAGGAGCCACACGCACUGGGUCUCGACCUUGUGGCCUCGGUCAUCAACCAUUCGUGCGACCCCAAUGCCUUCGUAUUCCAUGAAGGAGGUAAAAUCCACGUCCGGUCGCUUCGACCGAUCUGCGCCGGCGAGGAGAUUACAGUGUCCUACGUGGCUAUGCCGACCGACGUAUAUCACCGGAGGCUAGCGCUCAAGAAGGAGCAUUUCUUCGACUGCUAUUGCAAACGUUGCAGCGACGAGCACAAAGAACACACGGAGAUGUUCGACCGAGACCCCACGAAACUGAACAAGCUACACCAAGCCCAGGACGACAUCCUCCGCCUCCUCAUCGACACCAACAAGGCCCUCCUCCAAAGUACGCCGCCCCACCGCGCCUUCGACGUCGACAACGCCGAGACGUCCCUCCGCACCAUCACCUGCCAAGCCUUCCCCCCCGGCGACUGGCCCGCCCACAUCGACCCGCUGCCCCACGCCCGCCUGACCCUGGCCCUCCUCUACAGCCGCCGCGACGACAAGCCGCGCCCCGCGCUCCUAAACGCCCUCAGGGGGACGCUGCCCACCACCCGGUACCACCGCGCCGGGCCCGACUGGGUCGCCAACCUCCUCGACCUGGCGCGCAUCCUGCUGGUGGUCACCGGCGCCACCGCCACCACCACGUCUGUGUGCGUCACCCCGCCCGAGGCGAUGCUGCUGGCCUGCGGGAUUCUCGGCCGUCUGCGCGCCGAGGCCGCUGGGGUGUUUGGGUUGGAGUCGGGGUUCGUCGUGGCUGUCGGCAAGCUGCACGACUCGCUGGCCGGCAUGGUGGCCGAGGUGGUCCCCGGCACUAAGCCGGGCACGGGGGAGUUUGAGAAGGAGUUUGUGAGGGUGCAGGGGAAGCUGCUGGCCUGGGCUGGUAUCGAUGAGAUCCAUGGGGUCAGUCUACCGUGAAUGACUUCUGGCCGUUUGUUGGGGCAUUGCGCCAGAUUCGUUCGGCAAGCGGCGCAUGAACUCCCCCGGGUUGGCUUCUUGAGAAGGCAUUCUCCGAAGGUAGUGGCUGAUUCAUCGGUAUGACAGUCAGUCUUGGUAAAUACAAAAGCUAGAACUUGCAUGUUAUGGUAAUACCAGGCAGGACCUUCCUUUCCUGCAUUGCCAUAAGCAGGAGGCAUAAUAAUUAGUGCUAAGCUAGCUCUUGCUGAGAAUAAUCGAUGGAUUUAUUUUCCUACCUACCCCUGAGUAUUCAGCCCUUUGCUCCCAUUUCGUAACCAGCCCCUGAAUAUGCCCCUGAACAUAUUCCCAAGCAAUAAUUUCCUCCAGAAGUACGGGACCCAGUCGUGAAUCAAGUUACUCUUUUGCGCCUCAGCAUCAUCCGUGAAACAUUCAGUGUCGAACCGUACUACUUCGGAUAACACCGAUCCGGCAGUCUCUCCCCAACCCAC